AUGACUUGGGCAAACAAGAGCACCACAGAAGAAUUUAUUCUCUUAGGUUUUUCUGAUCAACCGUGGCUGGAGUUUCCACUCUUUGUGGUCUUCUUGACAUCUUACAUAGUGACCAUCUUUGGAAAUGUCAACAUUAUUCUGGUGUCCCGUUUGGAUCCCAAACUCCACACUCCCAUGUACUUCUUUUUGACUAAUCUGUCAGUCAUAGAUCUUUGUUACAUCACAUGCACAGUUCCACAAAUGCUGGUAAACUUACGCAGCAUUAGGAAAGUAAUAAGUUUUGGUGGCUGUGUGGUCCAGCUUUUCAUGUUUCUGGCAUUGGGGGCUACCGAGUGUGUGCUGCUGCCAGUCAUGUCCUUUGACAGGUUUGUAGCCAUCUGUCGGCCUCUCCAUUACUCAGUCAUCAUGCACCAACGGCUCUGCUUUCAGUUGGCAGCUGUAUCCUGGAUCAUUGGCUUUGGAAACUCAGUGUGGCUGUCCAUUUUAACUCUCCAGUUGCCACGCUGUGGCCACUAUGUCAUAGAUCACUUUCUCUGUGAAGUGCCAGCACUGCUCAAGUUAUCCUGUGCUGAUAUAACAACAAAUGAAGCUGAACUGUUCUUUGUGAGUGUGUUCUUCCACCUAACACCUCUCACUCUCAUCCUUACAUCAUAUGCAUUUAUAGCCCGUGCAAUCCUGAAAAUCCAAUCUGCCGAAGGUCGACAAAAGGCUUUUGGAACCUGUAGCUCCCAUCUAAUAGUGGUAUCACUGUUUUAUGGUACAGCUGUCUCCAUGUACCUACUACCACCAUCACCACACUCCAAGAACAGGAGAAAGAUGGUUUCACUUUUCUAUGGAAUUAUUGCCCCCAUGCUGAACCCCCUUAUCUACACACUUAGGAACAAAGAGGUUAAGGAUGCCUUUAAAAGGUUGAAAGAGAGUCUCCUUAAGCAAAAACUAAGAGAUGUGGAAAAGAUAAGCUAA